AUGGCCAUCUCCGUCUUGGAGUCCUUGUGGAUGAUGCAGUCUUUGAAGCCGUCGCGAAUCGCUGAAGUUCGAGCCGUCGUCGACAACCACGAUGAUCCAAACACCCCCGUCUCCACGAUCCGCGCCUGGACCCUGGGAUGCCUCUUUAGUGUAUUUCUCUCCUUCGUUAAUCAGCUAUUCUCUAUCCGACAACCAGCCAUUCGAUUCGAUACGAAUAUUGCCCAGCUCCUAGCCUUCCCACUCGGCAAAGCUUGGGAGAGGUGGAUGCCGAAGUACGAGUUUACCAUGCCAUUUACCGGCCAGAAGGUCAACCUGAACCCAGGUCGCUUCAACAAGAAGGAACACAUGCUUAUUGCCAUCAUGGCCAACACUUCGAGGAGCUUACCUUACACGAACUACAUCAUUUGGACACAGGUGCUUCCGCAGUACUUCAAUCAGCAGUACGCGCGCAACUUUGGGUACAUGUUUCUCAACGCCUUCGCGACGAACUUUAUUGGCUAUGGCCUUGCUGGCCUGACGAGAAGAUUCCUCGUCUACCCUUCGUAUUGCGUGUGGCCCAUGUCCCUCGUCACAAUUGCCCUUAACACUGCCCUUCACAACGAAGAAAACCAGUCCGUAAUGGGUCCGUUCAAGAAGAAGUGGUCAAUGUCGCGCUAUCGGUUUUUCUUGUACACCUUUGCGGCCAUGUUUGUCUAUUUCUGGUUCCCAAACUAUCUUUUCCAAGUUCUGUCGUACUUUACCUGGAUGACCUGGAUCGCACCGGAAAAUCUCAACCUGAAUAUCCUUACAGGCAUGCACAACGGCCUUGGACUGUUUAACCCGAUCCCGACAUUUGACUGGAACGUCAUCUGCUUUAGCACAGACCCUCUGAUGAUCCCUUCCUUUGCAACCUUCAACGCUGUAGCUGGAAUGUUCAUUACAGGGCUCUUUGUCCUCGGUGUGUGGUACACCCUCUAUAACGUCUCUCGAACCCUCGACGAUCGCGGCAUGUUCGAUCUGACCAAGUACAUGGACUACUCGGCUCCGCAGGGUGGCGAUCUGUUGAAGGCUGUGUAG